UUGUCCAAUUUCCUCUUGUGGUGGACAACAUUCUUGUAAGAGUAAAGCUUCCAAAAGAGAUCCACACUCCCUUUCUCAUAUUCACUUUGUUUCACCAAAAGGGAACUCAAAAAAUAAAAACCCCUCCCUCUGUCUACUACCUCUGCACACAGAGAGUGGUCCAUUUGAUUCACUAAUCCCUCACAUCACCUCAUCAUCAUCAUCAUCUUAUAUACACUACACUACAUUACAUUCUUCUCUCUUACUAUUAAACAAAACAAACCAUGGAUUGGAAUGGCAACCUCCGCGUCCCUUUCGUUUCUCGACCCGCCGAUAACUCUUUCAGCUUUCUCUACAACUACAACUACGAUCACUUCCCAGGGAUGGAGAUGAAGCAGGCGUCCGCGUUGCUUCCGGCCAUAAUGGACAAGAGCAGCAGCAGCAGCAGCAUUAACAUGAAUUACGGAAUGGGACAUGAUCCCAAGAAGAAGCGACUGAGCACGGAGCAGCUUGAGUCUCUGGAGAACAGCUUCCAAGAGGAGAUCAAGCUGGACCCGGACCGAAAAAUGAAGCUGGCCAAGGAGCUAGGGCUUCAGCCCCGCCAGAUCGCCGUCUGGUUCCAAAACCGGAGGGCGAGGUGGAAGGGCAAGCAGCUCGAGCGCUUGUACGACGCCCUCAAGCAGGAGUUCGACGCCGUCUCCAGAGAUAAGCACAAGCUCCAGCAAGAGGUUUUGGCAUUGAGGGCGAUACUAAAGGAUCAGGUGGCGAAGAAGCAAGCUUCGGCAGGGUGCACGGAGGUUUCAGGAGAGGAGACGGUGGAAAGCACGAGCUCGGGGAAGGGGAGAGGGGAAGGCAACAAUCAGAUGGGAGAAUGCAACUAUGUGCUGAACGUUGAAGACUAUAGUCCAAUGAUAAUGACUCCAUAUAAUUGGGGUGCUCUUCCUUGAUCAACUUAAUUAUAUGUUCAUAUGAUCAUUAACUAGUGCUACUUCAAACUUUGAGAUUAUCACUGUAAUCCCUAAUUUUCUAGGAACCCCUAACAAAUUAAGGUUCUUGUAGGAGAGUUGGCUCGCAGGGAAUUAGAUUUUCUAGGUUUCUUCACCUUACUUUACAACAUGCAUGUUUCCAGACUUGUUACUUAUCACUAAUUAUUAUUUGCUUCAUUAAGAUUUUUAUAACUUCUAUUA